AUGGCCUGGCAAUCUCAAUCCCCCAUGGCUGGAGUUGGAAUGCCCGCGGCAAUGGGCGACGGACCGUCCAAUGGCGGUCACCCGCAGGGGACGGAGUACACGCUCCAGGGUGUGAUGCGGUUUCUGCAAACAGAAUGGCACCGACACGAGCGCGAUCGAAAUGCCUGGGAGAUCGAGCGCGCGGAAAUGAAGUCUCGUAUCGGCCGUUUGGAGGGAGAGCUGCGAACUAGCCGGCGACUUCACGAGUCUCUGGGCAAGCAUGUUCGACUGAUGGAAACGGCAUUGAAAAGGGAGCGGGAGAAGGUGAAGCAGCUCUUAAACAAUGAGAGCAUUGAGGAUGCCAAAGACCCUAAGGAGAUCGCGCGCGAGAGCGUGCAGUUCCUAAAAGAACAACGGCCGAACCCAAAUGUAGAUGCGAACCCAGAGGACCCCAGCUUGAAUGAAUUCGGCCACGAGGAUGAGCGGGAUAAGUCGCGAGUCUAUCUAUCGAAGUGUUCACAAGAAAUCGCCUAUCAUGUAAUUCCUACAUCUCACCCUCCUCCGGACCUUAGCGAUCCUGAUCUCGCAAGCCACCUCUAUGCGAACCCACAACUGUCGCAGCACAGCCUGGAAGAAGCAUACCUUCAGCAACAGCAACGACACAAGGCGAAUCAGAUGAUGGCGCGAGAGAUUAUGCUCCCAAACCACCAAUCUGUCGGUAACCAGUAUGCGGAGAAUGGACCCAUGGCUCGGCCUACUAACCAAUAUGGUCCCGGCUCGGCACCUCGAGAGGCUAUGGACCGAAGACAGAUUGAUCAGCAAAACCCUAUGGCUGCCAUUGAUGGACGAAAGCAGGCGUACGAGCAAGGCUUGUCUGACGAGCAUGCGAUGGACUCACAGACACCUUACGAGGGCCAAGGACCCCAAGUAGCCGUGAAAGAAGAAUUACCAUCGCAAAGGGGGACUGAAGAGCGAGCUCAGGAUAUGGACGGUUGGAACUUCGAUGAACCGACAGAAAACGAACAGGUUACCGAGCCAAUGCCACCUCAUCGCCCAGAUACCGAUGCCUUCCCCAACGCCAACUUCGUUCGUGGUAAAUCCCCCUCUCGUGGUGGGUCACUCUCCCAUCGACGAAAGAGCUCUGGGUCUCGGCGCAAGAGUGAGGGAGCCUCGGACACUCGAGAUUUUGCCGCUGGGUUCGGCCAACAGGAUACCAACUUCAAAGUUCGAUUCGCUCUCCGCGGACACUUGGAUGUGAUCCGUUCUGUAAUCUUUACUGGCGGUGGUAGCCCAUCCGAGCCUGAAAUAUGCACAUGCAGUGAUGAUGGAACAAUCAAGCGUUGGAUCAUCCCGGCAACCUACGGUACCUUUGGAGCUCAUGGCCCAAGUUCUAGCAAUGAUUUGGACAUUACUAGCUACUUCACACACCGAGGUCAUGCGGGUGCAGUCACCUCACUGGCGGCCUGCUCACCUUCGCAGAACAUCUCCAAUGGUGGUCGCGCUCUAGGCGAUGGUUGGGUUUUCUCAGGUGGGCAGGAUGCCAGUGUCCGAGUAUGGGAGCGUGGCCGGGUUGAUCCUAAAGCUACCUUGGAUGGUCACACAGAUGCCGUGUGGGGACUCUGUGUGCUUCCCGGGGACGGCAGCCACUAUGGUGGUGCUGAUCGUAUUUUGCUGGCAUCGGGUGCUGCAGAUGGCCGCAUUUUGAUCUGGGCUGUCAGUCCCCCUCCACUCGUCUCCACUCCCCAGGCUAGCUCAAGGCGCCAAGGUGGAAGCCGACGUGCGAACUCGAUCUCUCCGUUGUCUCUGGCUGGUGUUAACUUUGUUGUUUCGUACACCGAUGCAUCUGUUCUUGUAUAUGAUACAAGAACUGGCGAGGAGAUUGUGGGAAUGGCCAGUCUUGAAACAUAUGACGGGACUCCCUCAACUGGUGUGAACUCAAUUGUGACCAGCACCAUUGGGUUUGACGGAUCCGCUCAUCUGGACCCUAACCGUACAAUGGCGGAGGAGGAAGUAGUCCACGGGGCUACUGGUUCUAGUAGUGUGGAAGGUGUGAUUAUAAGUGGUUACGAAGACCGAUACAUUCGCUUCUUCGAUGCCAACAGUGGUCAAUGCACGUAUACAAUGCUGGCUCACCCAGCCGCAAUUGCUUCACUUUCAUUAUCCCCGGAUGGACGUGAGCUCGUUUCGGCUGGCCAUGAUGCUAGCCUGCGAUUUUGGAAUCUCGAGAAGCGUAGCUGCACCCAGGAGUUGACCAGUCACCGACUGAUGCGCGGUGAGGGUGUAUGCUCCGUCUCCUGGAGCCGUGAUGGACGCUGGGUCAUCAGCGGUGGUGGCGACGGUGUAGUCAAGGUUUUCUCGAGAUGA